AUGACACGUACAAUUCCCUUUAUCCUCGCCCUCCUCGUGGCACAUGUGGCGGCUGCGCCGAUGCCGGCGGAGCUCAAUACCGCGCUCGAGGCACGCGGACUACUGGACUUCCUCACGAACACAAGCGGCGAGUGCGCCAACAUCACCAGCGGCCUUUCCGACGGGCUUACUUCGGCGCUUUCCGUGCUGAGCCAGAUCAAGACAAACGAUGCCUCGGUUUCGAAAAAUCUCGCGUCCAUCAAGGGCUUCCUCACGUCUGCCUCCAAUGUUGGCAAGGCCGUCUCGAGUGCAUGUGACGCGACCGCCGCCGUCUCCAACGCCGCAAACCAGGUUGCCGCUGCCGUGGGCGGUGCGAAGAAGGGCACCGCCGCUGCGACAAGCGCCAGUGUGGCUGCUGCGAAAGCCUCGAAGAGCGCCGCCGUAGCCCAGGCCAGUGCGAAAGCCGCGUUGUCGAAUGCGGCAGCUAGCGCUGCGCAGGCUCAGAAAUCUCAAGCCGCGCAAGCUGCAAAAGUUCUUAGCGCUGCGAAUGCCCAGGCGAGCAAGAUUGUCGCGAGCGCUAAGGCGCAGGCGAGCAAGGCCGCGGCCGCCUCUAAAGCCCAAGCAAGCAAAGCUGCUGCUGCCGCCAAAGCUGCCGCCUCUAAGGCCGCCGCGCAAGCCGCUGCUGCCGCCAAGGCCGCUGCCGCGAAAGCUGCUAAAGGCGGAUCAGGCGGCGGGGCCAAGGCCGGCUCUGGCGCGAAAGCGAACACUGCAACAGCUACACCGACCACAACCGACUCUGACGCUGCAGAUGCGACCACCACGGACCCGACUACUACCAGCGAUGCCGACGACAGCACCGCAACGGAGCCGCCGACCACAACCACCGACGGUGAUGAUGCGGCAAGCACAACUGAUGGCGGUGAUGACGAUACCGCAAGCAGCACCGAUGGCGCGGACGACGCACAGGAGACUGGCACGGACACAGAUGCAGAUGCAACAUCGACUGACACGGCUGACGACGCUGCUGCCACUGAUGAUGCAACCUCCACUGAUGCUGCGGACCCCACCGCGACCGACGGGACCGACGACACCGACAGCGACGCCACUGCCACGGACGGCGCCAAUGCUGCUGCUGCUACGGACGACGGCACUGGGACCGACGACGCCGACACCACCGACGACGGCACAGCCGAUACCGAUGCUGAUGCCACAGACGCUGACGCCGGCGCGGCUGAUGGCACCACCGAUGCCGACGAUGGCGUUGAUGAUACCACCGAUGCCGACGCCGAUACCGGUGUUGACGACACCAGCGUCGACGAUACUGGGGCGGAUGAUACCUCCGACCUGGACACCGGCGCCGACGACACCGACGACGGCGCGGACUUCGACUCCGGCGCGGAUGAUAGCUCUGACUUCGACAGCGGGUCGGACGACGACUUCGACUCCGGGUCGGACGACUUCGACGACUCGGACUUCGGCGGUGGAGGGGACGACUUCGGUGGAGGAGGGUUCGAUGAUGACUUCCGCCGCCGGGGGCAGCCGCUGCGCAGGGGGGUGCAUGGGGUGCUGUACAGGGUAUAUAGUUGCCCAAUUUAUUCCACCUGCAAUGUACGCCGACAUAGAUAA